CAGGAGAACUUGAUCUUGACCAACACGUUUCAUUCAUGGGAAAAAACCUUACAAUUAAACCCACAUUCUGAGUUAUAACUACCAAGAAGGUUUCUGCAACAAUAUCCACUGCCACUCUUGGAUAUCUUCUUCCCACAUCAACAUUUUGGGAUCUUUUUUUUGCUUUAUUAUUAUUGUUAUUAUUUUUUUCUCUUCAUUUUUUUCCCACUCCUGGGAUUAAAACUUCGCCCAGUGCGUGUGGUUGCCCCCUCCUUUCCUGAGAGGGUGUAGAGUCAAAGUUGGCCCGGAGAUGCAGUCCCUUCUCCCGCUUGCUGUGUAUUGCAUCAGCCUGGUUUCCCUCCAGCAGCUGCUGGCUCUGCCGGCAGAGGAGCGUCCCGACAGGAACAGGUUGGACCUCCUCAACGAGCUCAUGGACCCGAGAGAGGAUAAAGCCUCGGCAUCAGGAAUCCAGGUCCACAUCGCCGUCCCCUCUUCAGCCCCCAGCCGCCCCCCAAAAUGGCUGCCAGAGUUCCUGAAACACCAACCAGCUUCAGGAGUGAGAACAGCUUCGCCAAGCUUGGCCUGGGCCCGACCCGCUGAGGCUGCACCGACCGAGCGGAGGGCGCUGAGAGCUCGUCGACAUGCCCACUCGGGAUCACGGAAUGGUCACCACAACCCCCACCACGCCCAGCUGAUGAGAGUAGGUUGCGUCUUGGGCACCUGCCAAGUGCAGAACCUCAGCCACCGGCUCUAUCAGCUCAUUGGUCAGAGCGGCAGAGAAGACUCAUCCCCCAUCAACCCCAGGAGCCCCCAUAGUUAUGGAUGAGUUAGUUAGAGUUGAUUCCCCCAAACACCCACAGCAAGUCUGUCUAUAUCUCCAUUUAUUUAUCUUUUAAUGUAUUACUGGUAGUCUUUGCAUUACAGUUUGAUGUAGUCCAUAACUUUUGUUAAUCUGUCUCAAAAUGACAAUUAAACUCCCCAUAAAUGACUCUUCUCUUUGUGUGGAUUGAUGGAUUUGAAGAUUCAAGUUCAAGAUCAUGACUGACUGAUUCAUUUUUUGAAACAUCCAAUAUGAGUUCUCCCACCAUCCUGAGAGCUUUUGAAGGACUCGUCAAAGUCUUUUUGGUUCACCCUCCUGAACGCUCAAAAGAAGCCAAGAGGCCUCAGUUUGACGUCUUAAUCCUGUUAAUAUAAGAGUGAAGGCUUGUCCUCAACACUUUCCAGUGGCCUGGUCCUGUCUGCCAACUGACCUCCCCAGCGGUGGUUAUUCCGCAACUCAUUGAUCAAACACUUAAGCCCUUAAUGUGGAUUUCAACCUGCACACAGAGCCGGAGCCCUGUCACAACCAAUGACCACGAAAAUGACUCAAUGAACCCUUUUACCCCAUUUUUUGAGCCCACCUUUUUGUCAACCUUGGAACUCCCAGAUUGUUUCACAAUAUGAACACUUUCAGUUGAACUGAGAAUUCAUCACUCAGCAGGAGCUUUUGUUCCAGGACCACAGUUUACAUUUGAAACCAGCCACAGCACUCGGGUCACACCCGAGUUUAAGAGCAUUCUGAGUCAGGACUUAACCACAUAAACUCCACACUGAGAAUGAGAAAGAAGAGGGUCAGCAUCCAGUGCCUUGGAGGGAAUGUGUGCAGAAACUCAUUUCCUAAAGGAUCAGUUUCAAUGUUGCAUUACAGUAGCCUAGUGGCCAACACAGUAGGGGGCUUAGUGAGCCUUGGAGCCAUGGAUCAGGGCUCCGUCGUCCCACUGCUGGCAUUUUCCCUGCCAGAGGCCAAGUCUGAAAUAUUAGCCUUUUCACGUGAUUCAUAAGUUCCCCUUGCAAGUCGGGACUUUGGGUUGACAGCAGUUUAAUAAAACUGACCCAAUCACUUCUGGCAUAUGUACCGCCACAGCAGGAGGGGGGGCCCUCAGCCUCCCACGGUCUGCACAUGCAGUGCUUAUACAUAAAUAUAAAGAGCAAGGCAUGAGGCUUCCACACAUAUGCACACAUUUCCCCUUACUUCAAGCAUAUUUUGGUAUUUUCCAGGCUCUUCAAAGUUAAUCCUAUGAAAAGUAAUGCACUGAAUUUCGUAAUUAUCCCCGUAAGAUUGGAAGGCACAAACCAAGGUGUUCGUUUUUGUUAUUUUAAGACUGAAAUUUUUCUUUUUUCCUAACCCUAAAAAAAUUUUUUUUUAUACUAAAUUUACCCAAGGAGUUCCCAUUACCAUGUUACAAGCGCGUUUUGAACAGUGACCAUCACAGGUUUAAAACAGCGACUAUUAUUUUGUAAGAUAUAAUACGAACCGCGUUGCAUACAUUUUUUAAGAAAACGUAAACCCAUUCAUGAAAAUACUUUACAUUUCCUAAAGUAACAUAGACUAUUAAGUUGGAAAAGACAUGUUACUGAAUAAUUUUAAUGCUGUUUUCUAAUGCUGGGAGCCCCACAGACAACAGUCCAUGCAACUCCUCUGUGUUGGGCUAGAGGUGGAAAUCUCUAAAAGUUGGCAAAUACACCAGCAGUAAGUCAACUUAAUGUUGCAGAACAAUGGAGAAAUAAAGUUCAGCGCUUCUUGCUGUGGGGACCCUUGUUGUACUAAAACCCUGAUUUAAAAAAAGUUUGAAUGCUGCGUAAGACGUAAAGAAAAACAGAAUGCAACAAAUUCAGAAUGAGUGUACGUAUUUACAAUUUGAGCAUUACAUUUCUUGCCUUUGUACUGUAUUCAACUGAAUGUAGGUCGCAAAGGAUUUGCAAAUCACUGCAUUCUGUUUUUAUUACACCUUUCACAGCGUGCCAUCUUUUUUGGAAUUUGGGAUUGUAACUUAAAUGGGUUUAAACUUGUCUUAAGGCGGCUAAAAGCUCUACUGUUACAUUGUGGGUUUCUUAUGAGACACCACAGCAACCAAAAUGCUAGGUGUGCCCAAGUUCAAAUAUGUACACAAAAAAGCAAAACACAGUCAAAAAUAUAUUUCCUUUUCUCUAUAUAUGUCCCACUCUAAAAUGGUGGGCGUGCGAUGGACUGAGAAUAACUGAGGUCAAGCUCUACUUACCAUGCAUGCUAAAAUUUGACAAGCCUUAAACUUUCCAAAAUAUGCAAGCAGAAGUAUAAAACUCACAUUUUAUGGCAAAAAACAAUUAAAUACAUAUUAUUUACAUACUUCUAAACUUCUAUUCCAAGACUUUUCUUUAGGGUAGCCUGAUCUUAACGUGCAGAGUGUUUUAUAGUAGGAAUACAUAGCAAACUGUUGUCCCAUUUAGAUGAUAAUAUCUUGUGUUUAUUUUGCAUAUAAUUGAAAGUUUGGUAUUCUGAAGAGCAUUAGUUUAAACCCACCAAAUACCUGGUAAUACUUGACAAAUCAAAUGACUUUACAUGUGAUCUACAUCAUAUAAUAAUGUAUUAUUUUAUAUCUUAAUCUGUAUCUUCUGAUUUUACUUGUGUCUUUUUCCUUUUUCAUCAACCUUUUUCUUUUUUACAUUUAGUCUCUCAGCCCCAUCUCGGCUCUUGUUUCUCAUCUGUCUGUAAUCAUGGAGGUCACAGGGUAAUAAUCAGUGGUUCUUAAGUCUUAAAUCUAAUCUGUUCAAAGGCUUGCUGAGGUGAAACAUGCCAUUCUCUCUGCUGUAAUGGAGCUAAUCGAUGUCUCGUGACGGAUCAUUAAAAAGGCUUUUCAAACGCUGAAAAAUCCUGGUGGAUCUGUCUACUUUUUAAAAAUGUCCUAUUUCAGACACACUUUAUGUGUGCUUAUGUGUUGAGCUGCUGUAUGUGGCCUAUCAGACACUUAUCUCCUGUGUUUGAUCUGCGCUCUGGACCAUUGUGCUCCUUUUUUUUUUUUUUGCGCAGUAUGUUUUUGUGACGUCAGAAGUUGCGUCACAUUAAGUUGCGUGAGCAAACUGUGCACGACCGCGAAUACCUCCCCGUAGAAACACCUAGAGCUUCUCUGGUGCAAAGAGGAAUGAGUGCAGUGUGUAAACUGUUUCUGUUAGUUUUGUAAGAUAUGUGGUCGGCCUCAGAAAGUCACAUGAUCUCCUGUAGGGUCACAGGAAAGCACUUUAAAUGCAAACACGUGUCAGUAGUUUCUCACAACUUGAAUCUCACUCAUUGUAAUGAACUUGUAAAAGUUUGACAUGGCUCCUCUUGUAAAUGUUGCAUUUGAGAUUGUCUGCGAGUGUGUUUGAAGACGUCAGUGCACUCCAUGUGGCGUCAGGAUGACUGUGAACGUCGUGUGCACCUGUGAAUAUAUAUAUUCAGCCAAACUAUUUAAAGAAAGUUAUGUAUUUAAGUUAUCUUUGUAUGUUAAUAUCUGUUUGUCACCAAAGACUAUUUAUCUCACAUUUUCUAGUGCUCCUUAAACAUGACCUUAUGGUAGGAAAGUCUUAACUGUAGUUAAAAUGUAACUGUUUGUCAAUGUCCUUUACUCUGUAAAAUAAAGAACUAUACUGUAA